ACCAGAUACGAGUAACCGUGGGGCUGCCUAGCUCGCACACCCUCGGCUUUUUCAACGGCGACUCGCUGCCAACGGCCGGCUCUUCCUGGACACAAUGGUGGCUAAAAACAGAAAACAGACCGGGAAGAGUCCAGCGACCCAGACUGACCGCGACAAGAGCCCGCUUGUUUCGCCCCCUGGCAAAAGUAACGUUAGGCGACCAGGCAGGGAGGGCAAAGCUUUCAACAGCUCUCAUCCAAACGGGCUCUCAGGCAUCAGACACAAGCUCGGGCUAACUCCCUCAGCAGCCGUGAAGCUGGGAAUUACUCUUCUCCUCGCUGCUCUGUCUGGGUAUCUCCACUGGCAUCAUCUCUCACAGCUGUUUGAGAAUGACAGACACUUUUCACACUUGUCUAACCUGGAGAAGGAAAUGGCUUUUCGGACAGAAAUGGGUUUGUACUAUUCCUACUACAAAACCAUUAUUGAGGCUCCUUCCUUCCUGGAUGGCCUCCACAUGGUCAUGAAUGAUCGGCUGACAGAGUACCCCCUGGUUAUUAACACACUGAAGAGAUUCAAUCUAUAUCCAGAGGUGGUCCUGGCCAGCUGGUACCGGAUGUACACAGGUGUUAUGGGGUACUUAGGGAUUCCCACAAAGAUGUGCUGGUCCAUUAACAGAGGAGAGGGACUCACUCCUGUGGACAGCUGUGAAGGGAUGGGCGAUCCGGCGUAUUUCUACGUGGCCUGCGUCUUCCUGCUGAACGGUGCGAUGAUGAGCCUGUUCUUUAUUUACGGUGCCUACCUGAGUGGCAGUCGACUGGGGGGCAUUGUUACCACGAUGUGUUUUUUCUUCAAUCACGGCGAGAGCACUCGUGUGAUGUGGACUCCACCCCUGAGGGAGAGCUUUGCCUACCCCUUCUUAGUCCUGCAGAUGCUCCUUCUCACCUACAUUCUACGGACACGGAACCCGAGCAGGACAGCCAUGGUCGCCCUGGGCGUCUCCAAUUUGUGCUUCAUGCUCCCUUGGCAGUUCGCCCAGUUUGUGCUGCUCACUCAGGUGGCUUCUCUGUUUGCGUCCUACAUCCUGGGCUACCUUGCCGCUGCCAAGAUGCAAUCUAUCCUGGUCACUCACAUGAACACCCUCUGCGUCUGCUUCAUCCUGAUGUUUGGCAACUCCAUGCUGCUCACGUCCUUCUACGCCUCCUCACUCGUCUCCAUCUGGGCAAUCAUUGCAUUGAGGGAUCGAUUUGCUCAAGUCUUCAAACCUGGCAUCGUCACAUGGGUCAUGCAGGGUUUGGCUUGGGUCGGCUCCACAGUCCUGCUCAAAUUCAUGCUGUCCACAGUCCUCUCUGCCUCAGACGAUGCUCACAUCAGUGGACUGAUCAAGUCAAAGUUCACAAGCUACAAAGACUUCCACACGCUGAUGUACACAUGUGCUGCUGAAUUUGACUUCAUUGAGUUAGAGACUCCUGUCCGUUACCUAAAAACGUUGCUGCUGCCCAUCAACAUGCUGGUGGUUGCUCUCAUCGCUGGGAGGACCAUCCAGGACGUAGUCCGGUUCCUGAGGGACGGAGGGAAGACGGACGAUGUGGAUGAAGCUGCUGGGUCUGAAAUAGUCGGAAAAGGAGAGCUGGUGUACCACAGUCUGCAGCUGGUGGCGUUUGCCCUGCUGGCCAUCCUCAUCAUGCGUCUGAAGCUCUUCCUGACGCCCCACAUGUGCAUCAUGGCCUCGCUGAUCUGCUCCAAACAGUUGUUUGGCUGGAUCGGGGAGAAGUUCAAACACCAGAUCGUGGUGUUUGCCAUCAUGGCCAUCAUGGCUGUACAGGGAGUGGCCAACCUGCAGGCCCAGUGGGCCAUCAUUGGAGAGUUCAGCAACCUGCCACAGGAGGAGCUGCUGGACUGGAUCCAGGACAACACCCAGCCUGAUUCAGUGUUUGCUGGGGCCAUGCCCACCAUGGCCAGCGUGAAGCUUUCCACAGGUCGGCCCAUCGUCAACCACCCCCACUACGAAGACGCUGGUCUGAGGGAGAGAACCAAGCUGGUCUACUCCAUGUACAGCCGCAUGUCUGGAGAAACAGUGAAGAGGAACCUGAUGAAGCUGGGAGUGGACUUCUUCGUCCUGGAAGACUCUUGGUGCACCAGGCGAACCAGGCCCGGGUGCAGCAUGCCAGAGAUCUGGGACAUUGAGGAUCCCCAAAAUGUUGGUAAAAUUCCCCUCUGCACCCACAUGUCCAGAAACUCACGGCCCCACUUCACCACAGUCUUUUCCAAUGACAUUUACAAAGUUCUCAAAGUCCCCAAAGCCACCAAAGAUCUCAGAUAACAUCGUGGGAGGUACUGGUUCAGCACAAAACUCUCUCUUUCCACCGCUGUUCUUCACUGCUGUUGCUGCUUUUUACUUUUACCUCCCUCAAACCCCCACGGUUCCACUUUUCUGUUCUGUGAUGCGGAACAGAGCCGAUUCUGUUCCAUUUUCUGUUCUGUUACGUGGGAUCCUGAUUUCAACAAACGGUCCUCAAAGAGACGCUGUUCAUGCAUCAGUUGUGGUUUUACUGUAUAGAAUUUUGAGUUUUCUUUGACUUGCGCUGAAGAAGUACAUUUUGUCUGGCGGGACCAAUCGAUGAUGUCCACAUACUGUGAAGCAAUACCCUUUGCAAACUUGACAAAAGCUGACAUCUUCUAUUGUUAUGCACAGUGUUGAUCUCUGAAAAGAUUUUUCAGUAGUACACUAUUUUUAUAAUUUAUUUAUGUGAGUGUUUUUAUGCAAACUCCAAGGUGUUUCAUUUUCUUUAGAAGCAAACAGUAUUUUAAGAAUCACAGGGGAACAUUCUGUUCCUGUGUUAGGAAGCUUUUAUAAUACAUAUCAUUUAGCUUCACGUCCAGAUGGAAUUCACUUAAGAGGGUUUUUAUCAAAGUUUCACAAAGUAGAAAAACUUCCGUUCUUUACUCAGUUAUAAAAAGGUAGAAAAAAGUUUUUUAUUGCAAUACACAGUAAACAAAAUGAGUAGGUUUCCCCUGACUGUGCCCUGUAACUACAUUUUUGUAAAUACCCAAACAGUUGUUUUGUAAAAUACCGAUGUACAGCCUUCAAAAGGUACUUUUUGUUUCUUGACUGAUUGUUUCUUGCCAAAGUCAGUGUUGUUAUUAAAGCUGCGUAUUCGGAGUACUGUAGCACAUGAAAGAUGUGUUUUUAGUGAUCGGGAACCAUCAGUUUGUGAGUUCUGUAACGGCCAAUCCCAACUAUUUGUAGCAGUGGAUUUUAUGUGGACAGCAGCAGUCAUCAGUUCCUUCCUGGGGCCUCGUUCAUGACUGUUGACAUUGUAGGUGAUUUUCCGCUUUUUCGCUAACUUGCUGAGAGUUAGAUGAGAAGAUUGACACCAAUCUCAUGUCUGUACAGUAAAUAUAAGCUGCAGUCAGGAGGCUCGCCUGGCUCUGUUAGAUAAGAAUAAUAAGAGUCUCUUUCCAACAGGACAGUUUAGCUUUUCACAUUCAUAGCUUGUACUGUCAGUAAGUGUCCUUUACACCCACUGCACAUUAAAUUAACAGUGGCGCCAUAGCUGCAUGUUGUAUCGAUGGUUUCAUCUAAUAUAUAAUCAGACUCAGCGGACUGUUUCAAUUGCAGCCUUUUCGACUUCUGUGCACCAUAGUUUUUUGGUUUUUUUAUCAACGUAUCUCCCUGAAGCUUGGUGCCAUUUUUCACAGUGAGGCCAGGAGCUGCACAGACUCUUCUUUCACAUUAUGGCUCCAUGAACGAGUCAAUACGCAGCAGGUUUGUCUCAGCGACUGGAACAGUCGUGAGUCUUCAAUGGACCAGUUCAACAUUUAUCAAAAAAUAGCAGUUAUUCACUUUCCUGCCCAGAAUUAGAUGAGAAGACGUCUAAACCAGCUUUGAAUGCUAAUGAAUCCGGAUUUUCACCAGUGGACUUUAGUACACAAGUUUGUAAAAUAAGUGCCAAUUUAGCAACUAUUUACCCUUCAUGUAUACUCAAGUAUUACUCAAGUGGUACUCAAAGACUACUUGAGUUCACAAAAAGUAUAAUUUAAGUUUAACAUUUUUUUAACAUGAUGUGACAGGUUAGUGUUCCUGGACACGUAAAAGUCCAGUAAAACCACAAUUUCUUCUUUUUACUGUUUUUUAUAAACUAAAUAAAUAAGAAAUAAUCUGUCAUUUAAUGAACUUUAGUGGUGCUGAUAGGUGGAUUUUGUUACCUUUGUAGAGAGCAAGGCUAGCUGUUUCCCCCUGUUUCCAGUCAUUAUGCUAAGCUAACCUGCCCUCUUGCUUCAUAUUUGACAGAUUUGACAAUGGCAUUGAUCUUCUCAUCUAAGUUUUCCUAAGAAAGUGAAUAAGUGUGUUUCCAAACAUGUCGAACUGUUCCUGUAAGAGGGAGGGGUCGCCAGGUUGGUGUCGUGUCAGCAGGAGAAACAAACAUCACGUCUUCGUCCGUUAGCAGGGUGAAUCUAAGCCGCAGCUGCAGAGACGUUUCGCUGGUGAUGUUCGUUUAUCUGUUGCACGUUUCUCCUCCAACAUGAUGACACGUCAUUCACAAUCAUUAGGAACUACUCAGCUUUAAUGUAUUUUUUCUGUAUGAACAGGUUGAAAUCAUUGUGGUACAGCUCACCUUGGUGCAGGUGAUUUCAUCGACUGGGCUCCACAAUGAGAUUUGAAACAAAGCAAACAUACUUUGACAGUUGAGGAAGUCCCACUGCGGUGACAUGAAAUGUGCCAGAGCGAGCGGUUGAGCCAAUCAGACAGGACGCCUUUAAUCUGUGACAUUUGUUCGUCUGAUUUCGGAGCUGUUUGUUUUGUAUGUGGUAUUCAUACUGAAGUUUCGCCGUCUUAUAAGUCAAGUGCCCGUUUUUAAGGAGUGGGGCUGUUGUCACACUUCUUGAAACACUUGGACGUAAAUAGUUUAUUCCUGUCGCAGGCGUUGGUGUGAUUCAGACGUCUUUUAUAAUAUUUGUCUAUUUUGUCUGUAUUUUAAAAAAUAAAGUAUUUGCCAUCAG